UCUAAGGCGACAUCGCUGUCAUUAAAGAAAACCUGUGCCUGAGUUGGCUGAGUACCUUCUUGCAGAGUCCUCUGUCCUCGCGGAGUGGGAGGGUCACACUGGGAGAGACUAAUAAGGGCAGAGAUGCGUCCCCCUUCCCCACUCGCAGGGAGCUCACUCCUCGGCGGUGCCGCAGCCCUGUCCGGAGUCCACUGCGCCUCUGAGGGGCUCAAAUACGAAUUCAAGAUCCGUGGCCACUUGUUCACAUGGUUUCAAGGCACAAUGAGACUCACUGGCCCUUGGAAACUUUGGCUUUGGAUGUCAAUAUUUCUGCUUCCUGCUUCCACUUCCGUGACCAUUAGGGACAAGACAGAAGAGUCAUGCCCUAUCCUGAGAAUAGAGGGACAUCAGCUGACAUAUGACAACAUAAACAAACUUGAAGUUUCAGGUUUUGAUCUAGGAGACAGCUUUUCUCUAAGACGUGCAUUUUGUGAAAGUGAUAAAACCUGUUUCAAAUUGGGAAGUGCACUUCUUAUUAGAGACACUAUUAAGAUAUUUCCCAAAGGCCUUCCUGAGGAGUACUCAGUAGCUGCCAUGUUUCGAGUACGAAGAAACGCCAAAAAGGAACGGUGGUUUCUGUGGCAGGUUUUAAACCAGCAGAAUAUUCCACAGAUUUCUAUAGUAGUUGAUGGUGGAAAGAAGGUGGUGGAAUUUAUGUUUCAAGCCACAGAGGGAGAUGUGUUGAACUACAUUUUUAGAAAUCGAGAACUCCGUCCUUUGUUUGAUCGUCAGUGGCACAAACUUGGCAUUAGUAUACAAUCCCAGGUCAUUUCACUUUAUAUGGAUUGUAAUUUAAUUGCGAGGAGGCAGACUGAUGAAAAGGACACUGUGGAUUUCCAUGGACGGACAGUUAUUGCUACGCGAGCUUCAGAUGGCAAGCCUGUGGAUAUUGAACUUCACCAACUUAAAAUCUACUGCAGUGCAAACCUCAUAGCUCAAGAAACAUGUUGUGAAAUAUCAGAUACUAAGUGCCCAGAGCAGGAUGGCUUUGGAAAUAUUGCAUCAUCAUCGGUAACUGCUCAUGCCAGUAAAAUGUCUUCAUAUCUGCCAGCAAAGCAGGAACUUAAAGACCAGUGCCAGUGCAUUCCAAACAAGGGAGAAGCAGGAUUACCAGGAGCUCCGGGUUCACCUGGGCAGAAAGGGCAGAAAGGAGAGCCGGGUGAAAAUGGUUUACAUGGUGCUCCAGGAUUAUCUGGUGAAAAGGGAGAACAAGGUUUUGAAGGCAGCAAAGGAGAAACUGGUAAAAAGGGUGAACAAGGAGAAAAAGGAGAUCCAGGUCUGGCUGGCCUUAAUGGAGAAAAUGGUUUGAAAGGUGACUUGGGUCCUCGUGGUCCACCUGGCCCAAAGGGAGAAAAGGGAGAUACAGGACCCCCAGGACCAGCAGCCUUACCUGGUUCCCUGGGGAUACAAGGCCCCCAAGGUCCACCUGGAAAAGAGGGUCAGAGGGGAAGACGAGGGAAAACAGGACCUCCCGGAAAACCAGGACCCCCAGGACCACCUGGACCUCCUGGAAUACAAGGAAUACACCAAACUCUUGGUGGAUAUUAUAACAAGGAUAACAAGGGAAAUGAUGAACAUGAAGCUGGAGGCCUGAAAGGAGACAAGGGUGAAACUGGACUACCAGGAUUUCCAGGGUCUGUUGGCCCUAAAGGACAAAAAGGAGAACCUGGAGAGCCUUUUACAAAAGGAGAAAAAGGAGAUAGAGGAGAACCUGGGAUAAUAGGAUCACAGGGAGUAAAGGGUGAACCUGGAGAUCCUGGACCCCCUGGUUUAAUAGGAAGCCCAGGACUAAAGGGUCAGCAAGGAUCUGCAGGCUCCACGGGACCCAGAGGACUGCCAGGAGAUGUUGGAUUGCCAGGAGAACAUGGUAUCCCAGGAAAACAAGGCAUUAAAGGAGAAAAGGGAGAUCCGGGUGGGAUCAUAGGCCCUCCCGGGCUUCCAGGUCCAAAAGGUGAGGCUGGUCCUCCAGGGAAAAGCCUGCCAGGGGAACCAGGAUUAGAUGGAAAUCCUGGAGCACCUGGUCCACGUGGGCCAAAGGGUGAAAGAGGACUUCCAGGUGUUCACGGUUCCCCAGGGGACAUAGGCCCACCAGGGAUAGGAAUUCCUGGCAGAACAGGCGCCCAAGGACCAGCUGGAGAGCCAGGUAUUCAGGGUCCUCGAGGUCUCCCUGGGUUGCCAGGAACUCCAGGGACUCCAGGGAAUGAUGGAGUUCCAGGGAGAGAUGGAAAGCCAGGCCUGCCAGGCCCCCCAGGUGACCCGAUUGCACUUCCUCUCUUGGGAGACAUCGGUGCUUUGCUCAAGAAUUUCUGUGGCAACUGCCAAGCCAGUGUCCCAGGGCUGAAAAGCAACAAAGGAGAAGAAGGAGGUGCUGGUGAGCCUGGAAAGUAUGAUUCCAUGGCUCGGAAGGGUGAUAUAGGGCCACGGGGUCCUCCAGGAAUCCCAGGAAGAGAGGGACCAAAGGGAAGCAAAGGAGAGCGGGGCUACCCUGGGAUACCUGGGGAGAAAGGCGAUGAGGGUCUUCAAGGAAUUCCAGGCAUUCCAGGUGCUCCAGGCCCAACUGGACCCCCUGGCUUAAUGGGAAGAACUGGACAUCCUGGUCCCACAGGAGCAAAAGGUGAAAAGGGCAGCGACGGACCCCCUGGGAAACCCGGACCACCUGGACCACCUGGUAUUCCAUUUAAUGAAGGAAACGGCAUGAGCAGUUUAUAUAAAAUUAAGGGAGGUGUGAAUGUUCCCAGUUACCCAGGGCCACCCGGUCCUCCUGGCCCAAAAGGCGAUCCUGGCCCAGUGGGAGAGCCUGGUGCAAUGGGGUUGCCAGGAUUAGAAGGAUUUCCAGGUGUAAAGGGAGAUCGAGGCCCAGCAGGUCCCCCAGGAAUAGCAGGGAUGUCGGGGAAACCUGGUGCCCCAGGGCCUCCAGGAGUUCCAGGGGAACCGGGUGAGAGAGGACCUGUUGGAGAUAUAGGUUUCCCUGGACCAGAAGGACCCUCAGGAAAGCCAGGAAUAAAUGGAAAAGAUGGAAUACCAGGUGCUCAGGGCAUCAUGGGUAAGCCUGGAGACAGAGGCCCCAAAGGAGAACGUGGUGAUCAGGGGAUUCCAGGAGACAGAGGCUCACAAGGUGAACGGGGAAAACCAGGCCUUACAGGCAUGAAGGGGGCCAUCGGUCCUAUGGGUCCACCAGGAAACAAGGGCUCCAUGGGAUCCCCUGGCCACCAAGGCCCUCCAGGCUCUCCAGGCAUCCCUGGCAUUCCGGCUGAUGCAGUUUCAUUUGAAGAAAUAAAGAAGUAUAUUAAUCAAGAGGUCCUAAGGAUUUUUGAAGAGAGGAUGGCUGUAUUCCUAUCCCAGCUCAAGCUGCCGGCAGCAAUGUUGGCUGCCCAAGCUUAUGGGAGGCCUGGGCCACCAGGGAAGGAUGGGUUGCCUGGGCCACCAGGAGACCCUGGACCCCAAGGCUACAGAGGACAGAAGGGAGAAAGAGGUGAACCUGGAAUUGGGCUGCCAGGGAGUCCAGGUCUUCCUGGGACUUCAGCUCUGGGUUUGCCAGGCUCACCAGGUGCCCCAGGCCCCCAGGGCCCCCCAGGACCCAGUGGAAGAUGUAACCCAGAAGAUUGCCUCUAUCCUGUGUCUCAUGCCCAUCAGCGCACAGGUGGGAAUUGAACACACCUGAAGAAGACUUGGUUCCUGGUAACACUUCCUUGCCACUGGAGCUCUCUUAAUACCAUCAAACCCUCAUCAUCUGUGGGUUGCUUUUUUUUUUUUUUUUUUUUGGAGUAAGCCAGACAUU